AUGCUUUCAAAUUCACUUGCUUAUAAUGAGAGUAAAAUUUUACUUAUUACAGAGUAAAAUUUUACUUUAACUCUAGCCUUUGCUCAUUACGCUUUGAUUUCUGUAGUGUUUUGAUCCUGGCAUUUCAAUGCUUUCAAAUUCACUUAUUUAUAAUGAGAGUAGAAUUUUACUUAAAAUAGAGUAAAAUUUUAAUUUAACGCUAGCCUUUGCUCAUUACGCUUUGAUUUCUCUAGUGUUUUGGUCCUGCAAUUUCAAUGCUUUCAAAUUGACUUGCUUCAUGAAUUUUUCAGAGUAAAAUUUUACUUCCAAUCAGAGUAAAAUUUUACUUUCAAUAAAAGUAAAGUUUUACUGCCAAACAGAGUAAAAUUUUACUGUCUCAUUACAAUGCUUGUGCAUUUUGUUUAGUGUUUAUUUGUUUUGUCACAUUGUUGUUUAUAGUAAAAUGUUACACUGUUGAUAUAGGAAAACUUUUUAGUGUUUGAAAAUGGUUGUUAGAAGAAGCAAAUGUGGUGAUGAUGAUGAUGAUGAUGAUGAUUUUGAAGUUCCACAAACGGUUAUACAAAAGAAGAAAGUCCCUAAAAAAAAGAGCGAAAGUAGUGAAGAAAGUUCUUCGAAGUUGAAUAUUGUACAUGGAGUACGGGAGAGGGAGAACUAUAUGAAACAAUAUAGGUCAAAUAUUGUUUCAUUGAUAAACAUAAUGCAAGACACGAGGUUCACUAAAAGAGACAUUACUGCCCUUGAGAGAACACCUUUUGGAAUGUUGUUUAAAUGUUUUUGGAAGAAAGAUGAUGUGGUGUUAAAGAAGUUCAAGAAAGUUGAUGAUAAUGUCAUGGAUGUGAUCAAAUCUUAUGACUUUCAUGCAAAGGGAUUUAAGCUUGGGGGGAAAACAUGUGACAUACGGGACAGUGAUGUUACUUUGAUUUUUGGGAUAAAAUCGGGAAUGAAAAAAGUAGAUGUGUCAUAUGGGUAGAAACAAGAAUCACCUUUUGUGCAGAGAAGGUUUCGUAAUGUGUCAAGAAUAUCUGUAAAGAGUUUGCGAGAGGCAUUAGGAGAUGAGUUGGAAGGCACAACGAGAGUUGAUGUUGAGGAUGUUGCACGAAUCAUGUGUCUAUUUGUUGUGGCGACUUUCCUAUUACCAACAACUGGUCUAACAGUUGGAUGGGCCUUUGUCGCCCUUGUAGAAGAUUUGGAAAUGAUGAAUUCGUAUGCAUGGUCGACUGUAGUUGCAUCCACGUUGACUACUUCAAUCCAUUCUUCAUUAGGAAGUCCUGAAAAUGUCACUGGAUGUGUACUUCUUCUUUUGUACUGGUUAUGCGAGCAUACUACCCUCAUUCAACCUCAAGGAAAAAAUUUGUGUCCAAGGCUCCUUCGAUGGGACUUGUCAACAUUGAGGAAAAAGCUAAUGAAGAGGUCAUUGCAAACACUAAAGCCCGAAGAGGUAAAUCACAAUGAACUGAAGCCCAUUUCCAGAGAAGAAAUGGCCCUCAUUUGCAAUGAUGAUGAAGAAGAUGCAUUGGAAAUAGAUGAAAAUUUGGAGACUGAAGAAGAUGCAUUGGACAUGGAGGAAAAUUUCGAGACUAAAGAAGAUGCAUUGGACAUGGAGGAAAAUUUGGAGACUGAAGAAGAUGAAGAUCAUGUAGCUGAAGCUUUAGGAGAUGAUCAACCUUUGAAGGACUUCAUUGAUCUUCAAAAGGAAAACAAAAGGCUGAAAAGUCAAAAUAUGGCGUUGGUUGAAGAACUGAAGAAAAUGAGGGAAACAAUGCAAAAAAUAUAAGAGGAUCAAGAGGCAAAAACAAAAGAAACGAUGGAAAAAAUAAGCAACACAGAGAAAGAAAUGGAGAAACUGAGAAAGGAGAUUAAAGUACUCGAAUCUGAAAAUAAACAGUUGGUUGAACAGAUUGAAGAAAAUGCAGUUCAUGCGACUACCCAAGGUUUUGCUUCUAAAGAAAUGCCACAUGCUGAAGGAGUAGAACAAGAGCAAAACAUUGGGAUUCAAAGUACAUUGAAAGAAUCACCUAUAGUCGUAGAGCCAUUGCAAACAUCCAUGGUCAGGAAAAUCAAAAUCAAGGCGAGGAAGAAAAAAGAGAUGUUUGAUUUUGAAUGUGAGCUAAGAGAGGCAAAGAAAAAAAAGACCACAAAACAAGCAAUUGAAGUGAUGUUAAAAGAAUUUAUUUGUGUUGACAACUUGUCUCUAAGCCAAGCAAAGCCAGUUGAAAGGGUUUUGUUUCCAAAUAAGGCUGCAAUAUGCAAAUUGCUUGAUGAGAAUGAUAAGUGUCUACUGAACAAGAUUUACAAUUUGGAAACCACAGAUGCAAUCAUAUGGUCCGGCACAGGAAAUGGAAUAUAUGUUACAUUGCAUGAUGUGGAUGCAAUUCUGAGAAAUGGUGAUACUGCAAAUAAUGUCAUUGACAGCUUCAUAGAAAUGCUUGAGAUUGAGCAACAAGUCAAGAAGCCAGAAAAGAAUAAAUCAUUCUUUUUCUCAAGCCUUUGUUGGUCUUUAGUGAAAUGGGGUUAUGGGGAGCUGAGAAAUCAUUUAAUUGAUAAAGUCCUUGAACAAGAUUUGAGUGGAUAUAGAUACCUUCAUUUUUGCAUGAAUUCCAAUGGGAACAAAAAGGAAGAAAAACCCUACCACUGGACACUUCUUGUAUUUGACACUGAAUUUGAUGAGUGGAGACAUUACAAUUCUUUAAGGCCAAGAGACAACAGAGAAGAUCCUUACCUUAAGGAUGCAAAAAAGAUUAUAACAUAUGUGGAUAGCAAGUUGGCCAAUAAAACGAAGAGAGGUAGAAGAAAGUUUGCAAACUUGGUUUCGGUGAAAGAUAGUCCACAACAACGCCCAACAUCUGUUGAUUGUGGAAUUAUUGUAUGUUAUAUCUUGCGCCAAAUCAUAAGAGAUGAGCCUAUUGCAAAUUCUAUAGAAGAUGAUGAAAUUAACAAUUUCCGAGCGUCAAUAGUGCAUCAAUUUUUGAAUGAUUAUCCAAAAGUAUGGAUUGAGGAACAGUUCAACCUCAAAAAAAAAUGGGCAAGAGCUAAGACCUCAAGGAUGACAAUGUGGACAAGUUCUGGGGCACUACUGUGAAUGAUUUUUGUAAUUUCGAUUUUUGUAAAUGAAAGAACGGUGAAAAAGUAAUUGUAAGUGAAAGAAUACUAAAAGAGUAUUAGAUAGUAGAUGCUAUGUCUAUUGUUCUAGUAAAUUUUACUGUAGUUUGGUGAUUAUUAUACAAGGAUAUUUGUUUUGACUGGGAAUGAAUGUUGUUAUGGAUAGAAUACAAUGAGACAGGUAGAGGCUUAAAUUUUUUUUGACUG